UUCAGAUGGCAGACCAUAGGCCUCUUCUUUUGAAGAGGUUUUUACCUCCAUACUCAGCAGCUUUGGUGGCCUCAUGUCAGGAUGGUGCCAGGAGGGUUCACAAGGCUGAAGAGAAGAGUGAGAUUCUCUCUGAAGAGAUCACAGACCUAUUAAAUAGUUCGGUAGACCCUGAACUCCACAAGGGUUAAUAUGCCAAGAAGAGUUAUAAAAUGGGGAGGCAGAUUGCUUGCAGGGUUGCCUUAGGGCUGUAUCUAAUAAGAUUAAAAUCUGCUCUUCCUUCUAAAGUCCAACUUUUUGAUGGCUUAUGCUUAUCAGCUCUCGUAUGGGUGGUUCACCUACAGGACAUUGUAUCUGCACGGGCAGGCAGUACCAGUGGAUCUUCUGAAAUGGAUUCCUGGAGGAUAUGCUGCAUCACGGCACUGCUUACCUGCUCCUCUGCAUUUAUGGUAUUUCCACCUGUUGUUCCAUUUUCUGGCUUGGAAUCAGGGUGAGAUUUCACUUCAUUUGUCUGUGAUUUUUGAAACUGUGCUUUCUCUGUUUCAGAUUCAAAACUCUGUUGAAGACAGAGUUGAUGAUGUUGACGGAGGGCAGCUUAGAAAGGACAUUCCAGAAAUAAAUGCAGAGACAGGAAGGAAGCUGUUUGAAGGUGAUAUUAUCCUACCGCUGGAGAGGAAUGCUCUGAGAAACAGCUCCUACAGAUGGAAGUUUCCCAUCCCCUAUAUCCUAGCUGACAGCCUGGAUCUGAAUGCCAAAGGCGUUAUCCUGCAGGCGUUUGACAUGUUCAGGCUGAAGUCCUGUGUUGAUUUCAAGCCCUAUGAAGGGGAACAGACUUACCUGAAAUUUGAGAAGCUGGACGGGUGCUGGUCUUAUGUGGGAGAUCUUCAGAAAGGCCAGACGGUGUCUAUAGGAGCGAGGUGUGACUAUAAAGCCAUAGUGGAACAUGAGAUCCUGCAUGCCCUGGGAUUUUACCAUGAGCAAUCCAGGACAGAUCGUGAUGACUAUGUCCAGAUAUGGUGGGAUGAAAUUAUUGAAGGUUUUGCCUAUGCCUUUGACAAAUACGAUGACAGUUUCCUUGAUGACCUCAAUACCCCAUAUGAUUACGAGUCAGUCAUGCACUACGGGCCAUAUUCUUUCAACAUCAAUAGCAACGUUCCUUCCAUUACAACGAAAAUUCCUGAAUUUAAUGAGGUCAUUGGGCAGAGGCUGGAUUUCAGCAGGAUUGACUUACUGAGGCUGAAUCGCAUGUACAACUGCACUUCAAGCCUCACCUUCUUGGACCAGUGCUCCUUUGAAUCUAUCAAUAUCUGUGGGAUGGUGCAGAGUGGACAAGAUGGUGCUGAUUGGGACCACACUUUGAGCAAACCAGGAGAUGAAGACCAUACUUUAGUGGGAAACUGUGCAGACAGGGGAUAUUUCAUGCACUUAGAUACAAAAACUGGACAUGAUGGUCAGUCAGCUUUUCUGGAAUCUCGCAUCCUUUAUCCAAGGAGGAAGGAAAAAUGCCUUCAGUUUUUCUACAGGCUAACCGGAAGUCUACAGGAUAAGCUUGUUGUCUGGGUUAAGAAAGAUGAUGGAACUGGAAAUGUUAGACGGCUGCAAAAGCUUCACACAAUUACAGCUGAUGGAGAACACCACUGGAAAUUGGCCAGCCUUCCCUUCAGUGUUCAGAGCAAAUUCCGGUAUGGGUUUCAGGGCAUCAGAGGAGAUCCAGCCACUUCCGCCGGGGGGAUUGCCAUUGAUGACACCAGCCUGACAGAGACAAACUGCCCCACCAAUGUCUGGCACAUCAGAAACUUCACAACCCUUUUUAACAGCACUUCAAAAGGCCAUUAUAUCCAAAGCCCUGUAUUUUACAGCUCGGAAGGCUAUGCCUUUGCUUUACAGCUGUAUCCUCACGGAAGGAAUUCCUCCCCCUACACAAAUUACAUGGGGAUUACUUUCCACCUCUGCAGCAGUCCAGACGAUAGCCUUCUUGAAUGGCCGGCUGGACACAGACAAAUUGUCUUGUCGGUGUUGGAUCAAGACCCUGAUGUAACCCACAGGAUGUCCCUCAGCCUUAGCUUUACUACAGACCCUGACCAGCUCGUGUCUGGCAGAAAUGACACCCUGCAGUGGGACAAACCAUCUGUCACUGGGAUUUUUUCUUCUUUCUGUAACUGUUAUAUGAGCCCAGGUGUUGGCUGGAAUAACUUCCUGACACACAAGGACCUGCACUGGAAAAAAUUCCUUAAAAAUGACAGUCUUUUCAUCUUUGCUGAUUUUGAAGGUAAAGUAUUAAGUUAUCAGAAUCCCUCCUGGAACGGAACAGGUAUAUACUCUUCUGUUUGACUCGCAAACAUGUAGAGAGUCACCUGUUUCAGGAACAAGGAUUUUAAAUGCCCGGUGAUUUCAGUUGCCUGGUUUUUGAAUGCCCUCUGGAUGACUUUGAUCCUUUGAUCCCUGAAAAUCACUGUUUCAGGACAGGUUAUACCUCCACAUCUUGAAGAUCAGUCUAUGUAGCGGUCUUCCUGUUUGCUACUGAGCCGGUAUCAUUUCUGGCUUAAGAAAACUCUGUUUUGAGAAUAAAGGGGUCCUUCUCAAACCCUGAAAACUGACAGAAGGUGGGUUUGAUCCAAAGCUUCUCUCCUGAGGUUGCAGUUUUUGUCAGGAUUGUGUGCAGCUGCUCUGCCAAAGGUGUCAGGGAAAGGGAAGAAGGAAGAAAAGAUCUGUCUGGUGCAGAGGGCAGCCUGGCAGGCAGGUAUCCCUCUGAGCAGACUAAAGGGUCUGCACAUUCCCAUCCUCUGUGGUAGCCUCAGGUCAGAUGGCUGUGUUCAUAGCACCUCAUGUUAGGUGUCCAAAAAAUGAACUUCUUAGACUCCUUUGUGAGUCACUUGAGAGCAACGAGUACUUCUGGGGAGUCAUUCCCUCUGUGUUAUACUUGUGAUGAACUGAUCUUCUGAUGUGCUGAUCUCCACUGGCUGCAAAGGAAUCCAUCACUGAUAAGUAGCUGUGGGUGAGAUUAAUCCUUCCGAAGUGAGUUCCCUUUGGAAAUGUCAGUGCCUGGGAAGUAAAUAAUGAUUAAACCAGACCUGACCCAAGUACAAGGCUCAGAGCACUUCAGACA